AUGGGGGGCAUUGUGUUCAGCCCCGACCUGACCGUUCCGGACGCGUUAGUGUUGCGAAACCUGGCCGACGACAUUGAGCGGCACAGGGCACUUAAACGGCGAGCAGACUCGGGCGAUCGCGAUGAGGGAUACGCCAGCACCGGCUCAUCGACGGCCGCUAAGGAUGCUACCCAAGAGGAUUACGGCAUCUCAGCAGAGCGGGAUGCCGAGGACGUCGGCAAGAUGAACGGGCUCAACGACCCGGAGAGCGAGGACUUUGAGCCCACGGUGAUCUCCAUGGUGGACCUACCCGACAUCAAGGCCCGGCUGCCGACGGUGGUGUACGACUACGUGGUGGUGCCGUACAUCGCAUUGGCGCAGAAGGUGGUGCGGCACGAGACAGACGUGGUGAUGUUGACCCACCUUUUGCUGUACCUGGGCACCUCCCUCCCGAGCGCGCUGUUCCUGUUCUACCGCUUUAGCUACCUGCACGCCAUCAUCCACGUGGCUAUGCAAGGCUGGUACAUGGGACCCUACACGCUCAUGAUGCACCAGCACAUCCACAUGCGCGGCAUCCUCUCGCGCGACGGGCCGUGGCUGCUACGCCUAGUCGACGCUGGCUUUCCCUAUGUGACCGACCCCCUGAUGGGCCACACCUGGAACACGUACUUCUACCACCACGUCAAGCACCACCAUGUCGAGGGCAACGGGCCGGACGACCUGUCAUCGACGCUGCGCUACCAGCGCGACGACUGGCGCCACUUCCUGCACUACGUCGGCCGCUUCCUCGUGCUCAUCUGGAUCGACCUGCCGCGGUACUACCUGCGCAAGGGGCAGCCUGGCAAUGCGGUCCGUGCCGGCGGCUGGGAACUGUCCAACUAUGUGGCCAUCUACGCGUGCUGGUGCCUCAACCCGCGCGCUGCCACCUUUACGCUGCUCGUACCGCUGUUUUUCAUGCGCAUUGCCCUGAUGGUCGGUAACUGGGGCCAGCACGCGUUCGUUGAUCGGGACGAGCCGGACUCGGACUUUCGGUCGAGUAUUACCCUGAUCGACGUACCGAGCAACCGCCUCUGCUACAACGACGGCUACCACACCUCGCACCACCUCAACCCCAUGCGCCACUGGCGGCACCACCCGGCCGCCUUCCUGCGUCAAAAAGCGACCUACGCAGCCGAAAAGGCUCUCGUCUUCCACGACAUCGACUACUUCAUGAUGACGAUGCGCUUGCUCCGCCGCGACUAUGCCUAUCUCGCUGCGCGGCUGGUGCCGGUCGGCGCGCAGAUGGAUUUGACCAUGGCACAGCGGGAGGAGUUGUUGAGGGCGCAUACGAAGAGGUUUACGGAGGAGGAGUUGAGGGUUAAGUUUGGGGGGAAGGAUGCUGAGGGGGAGAAGUCGAAGUAA